AUGCAAGAGUACCCCACGUCAGGACAGUUCAACGAGGACAUGAUCCCCACCGUGGGUUUCAACAUGCGCAAAAUCACCAAAGGGAAUGUGACUAUCAAGCUCUGGGACAUUGGGGGACAGCCGCGUUUCCGCAGCAUGUGGGAGCGCUACUGCCGAGGAGUGAGCGCCAUCGUGUACAUGGUGGAUGCUGCUGACCAGGAGAAGAUUGAGGCCUCUAAGAACGAGCUCCACAACCUACUGGACAAACCUCAGCUGCAGGGCAUCCCGGUCUUAGUCCUGGGUAACAAGCGAGACCUUCCGGGAGCAUUGGAUGAGAAGGAGCUGAUUGAGAAAAUGAAUCUGUCUGCCAUCCAGGACCGAGAGAUCUGCUGCUACUCCAUCUCCUGCAAAGAAAAGGACAACAUUGACAUCACCCUACAGUGGCUUAUUCAACACUCAAAGUCACGGAGAAGCUGAGACUCCAGCCCUUCUCCCUCAGACCAGGGACCGUCGUCAUCUAAACCUGAAGCCGAGCUCCCCGCCCACCCCCGUCGUCCCCCUAAGCCCACCCCUCCUCACCCAGUGUGAGGAGGGCCCUCUGGGGACCCCAGAGUCCUGUUCUGCUGAGGUUUGAACUCCUGUUUUUAUUGUAAAAUACAUUGCCCCCCAUUCUGGUCCCCUAACUUCUCACCCUUCCCUGCUGCCUUUGUCCCAUCACCCAGCCCUGCCUCCCUCCCAACAACCCUGGGCCACAGCCCCCGCCCCUGGCUUUUCUGAGUCAGAGCCACUCCUGCACCUCCCUUUUCAACACUCUCUGUUAUCGUCCUGUGUGUACAGUAUAUAUAUGUAUAUAUAUUUUAAUUUUUUAAUUUAAGCAAAGACUAAAAUCAACCAUUUGAUGCUGCAGGGCAUCCCUUUCAGGACCUGGGAGGGGGCAGAGUCUGGAGAAAAGGAGGGAGACGCAGGUGGACUUGGGGCAAGUUCAGAUCAGGAGAGGUGGAGACUGGCACCUGCGGCAGGUACCAGCCUGGGCACUGGUGGCCGCCCCCCUGUCCCGUGUGUUUCCACCGCCCAGUCUGGCUUGUCCUGGCAGUGCUUGAACCCCACAGGCUAGCAAGGGCCUCCGGGGGCCCCUCCCCUCGGUCCCCAGCCUGGGUAGAGCCACCAGGUACGACCAGGUACCAGAAACCACCAGGUGCACGGGGCAGAAAGCCAGCAUCCAUGCCCCAGCAGCCCCCUCCUGCCUGCUCCUGGCUCCCAGCUCCCGCCCCUCCCCAGGGCCCCCACCUCCACGGCUCACUUCAUUUUCUGUUCUCAUUUUGCAGAGUUGCACAAGGAGAGAACUCAGCAUGGGGGGUUGGUUCUUUGGGUUCUGUUUGUUUAUUUGUUUAAUUUAAUGAUUUGUAAAGUGAUGUUCCUCUUCCUUUUUUACACUUUUCAGCUCAUAUUUAACCUCUGUUUGGAAAAUGAUUCUUGUAACUGUACAUUUUUUUGCCUCCUAAUAACAAUGACAACAACAAAAAUAAAUGACCAGUUUUGUGUUGGG